CGAAUUCAGACCUGCACGAUAGGCUGGUAGCUCUGCGCGUUGCACCCAGUUCCUUGCACCAAGACGGGCCCGCUACCCUGCGCUGCGCGCCACCUGCCUUGCGCCGAUUCGGGCUAAAAAAACGCCUGCCCGUGCCGGUCAAGUACACGAAUACAGGCGAUCCCGUCAAAAUUUCAGAAGCCAACUCGCCAUCUCACAACACAACCUCUGCUUCCCAACCGACGUGUGGUCAAUUGCGCUCCAAGUCUCUUCCAACCUCCUCCCCCGUCUCCUGCGAAUUCGCCUUUCACCCGGUUUCCUUUUCCCUCACCAAACGAUACCCAGCCGAUACCGGACAAGAUGGGAUACCUCGACGACGAAGUUAAGCGCCUUCAGGGCAUCAUCUCCAACAUCGAGGGCCGGGUGCAGGCCCUGGAGAGCAGGCAACUGGGAGGUAACCAGAAGAAGACGGCGGAGGAGAUUCGCAUGAUCCUCAUCGGCCCUCCCGGCGCUGGCAAGGGGACACAAGCACCCAAGAUCAAGGAGAGGUUUAACUGCUGCCACCUGGCGACCGGCGACAUGCUGCGCUCCCAGGUCGCCAAGAAGACGACUCUCGGCCGGGAAGCUAAGAAGAUCAUGGACGCGGGUGGCCUUGUCAGCGAUGACAUCGUCAUUGGCAUGAUCAGGGAGGAGCUUGACAACAACAAGGAGUGCAAGGGGGGUUUCAUCCUCGACGGCUUCCCCCGCACUGUCCCGCAAGCUGAGGGCCUCGACAAGAUGCUGCGCGAGCGCAGCCAGUCGCUGCAGCACGCCGUGGAGCUCAAGAUCGAUGACCAGCUCCUGGUCUCGCGCAUCACUGGCCGCUUGGUCCACCCCGCCAGUGGGCGCAGCUACCACACUACCUUCAACCCGCCCAAGGCCCACAUGACGGACGACAUCACUGGCGAGCCGCUGAUCCAGCGCAGCGACGACAAUGCCGAGGCCCUCAAGAAGCGUCUUACCACCUACCACAAGCAGACCGCCCCGGUCGUCGACUACUACAGGAAGACGGGCAUCUGGCAGGCCAUUGACGCUGCCCAGGCCCCUGGCCAGGUCUGGAAGAGCCUGCAGGCCAUCUUCGACGGCGACAAGGCCAAGGCCAAGAAGGCUGGCAGCGGCCUCCUGAACAAGCUUAGCUCGUAGAUGGGCGGCGCGGGUACGGGCCGGGCUGUCGCAUGGAGUGAGACUGAGAUAGGGCGGGCGGAUAAAGACUUGAGGCGGUGGGAGCUCGACAUGCUGCUCUAGUUCGGUCGCCUUUGAUGGAACACCAAAUUAGACUCGCGGACCUCGUCCGCGCCCGCCCUUGGGCCGGAAAGGAGGGAACGGAUCCCAUAAACUUGCGUCUUUGUCGCUCAACGCCAUCCGAUUCACGGACUUCUUUGGUGUCAUUGGAAGGAGUUACGGAAAACCGGCUGAUACCCAGCGCCAGACGUGGCGGGUCUCGGAUGGGAUCCGCCGCGUAUGGCGAGGUUUGUGUGAUAGAAGCCUGUACUUCAACAUUGUAGAAAUGCUAUAACCUGCCUACA